CUCACUGCCUGUCCAUCCCACGGCCUGACUAUGUGCACUGGCAAGUGUUCGCGUUUCGUGGGGCUCUGCCUCAUCCCCCUGUCCCUGGUCUGCAUCGUGUCCAACGCUCUCCUGAUGGUGCCCGGCUGGAAGACCUACUCGAUCAAAAGGCUCAGCAAGCAAGUCUUAUACAUGGGUGGCUUCAUCGGCGGCGGCCUGAUGACACUGUGUCCAGGAAUUGCAGCUGUUCGAGCAGGUGGCAAGGGCUGUUGCGGUGCAGGCUGCUGUGGAAAUCGUUGCCGGAUGCUGCGCUCUGUCUUCUCCUCGGCGUUUGGGGUACUUGGAGCCAUCUAUUGCCUCUCUGUAUCGAGUGCAGGCCUCAUUAGUGGACCAUAUUGCAGAAUUAAUGAACAAGAUUGGAAAUACCCCUUCGAAGGGGAUGCAGGUGCUUACUUAUUCAAUAAUACUCUGUGGAGUACGUGCUUGGAGCCCACUAAAAUAGUCUACUGGAAUGUGAUAUUAUUCUCACUGCUGGUGGGCGCCUCAUGCCUGGAGAUUGUGCUGUGUGGGGUACAACUGGCGAACGCAGCCAUUGGUGUCAUCUGUGGUGACUGCAGAAAGAAAGAGGGCACCGUUCACUGAGGCUUCACUGACUUCCCUGCUGCUCCUGGAUACCCUUGCCCCCCUCCCUGGAACAGUGGAAUAAA